AUGCAUCCCGAAACCCAUCCAUACAAAGGCCAUUCCUCAGCCUCCCGCUCCACCGAAGCCGGGUGGAGUCGGCUGAAGCCCGGCGUCUUUUGCGCUCCUGCUGCGCCCCCCAGGCACCCGAGCGCUCCUCCGCUUUCGCGCCCGAGUCCCUCGGGAUCUGGUCGGCGCCCGGGACACGGCCCUGUGGCAGCCGGUGCGCCCCAAAUGCAGGGUGCAUCCUCCAGCCGUCUAGGCGGCCUUCGUUCCGGGAACGGAGCGGAGCCGCCGCUGCUCUGGGCUCCGGGCGUGCGCCCCGGUCGAGCGGCCACGACCCUGGGAAGCCGCGGGAGGCUGGGGGUGGGGACAGGCCGAGGUCGCGGCUCCUCCAGCCCCUUCCGCCGCCCCUCCUCUCGCCUUCCUCGCCCUCUCUUCCCUGGUCCGCCCGGGAGGCCGCCGGCUGGGCCUUUCACCUUCAAGCAAAGCUAUGAAGUAGCGGGCGCUGCGGCUCCUGGCGCCCAGCGGGGCCCAGGGGCUCGGCGCACACCCGCCAGCCCGGCCUCGCCUCGCGGGACCCCGGGCGGGACGCACUCCCCGGGCGAGGCCUGCGGGCCAUACUACCGCCCUCCCGCCGGCCCGGAUUCAGGGCAGGUCCGGCCUGGGACUCUGCAGCAGCCCCGGACAGGGAGAGCGGGGCAGGGCCUCGCCUCUCCGAGGGAUGGAGGGGAUGGAGGCGGCAGCCAAGCCCGCGCGCCGCUCUCAGUAAGUACGGUGAAGAGCCGGGCGGGAUGGCGGGGCACACCCGGGGAGACCCGACUUCCCGCCGCCGCAGAGCUGGAAGGAGCGUCCAGGUCAGGGAGCAGAACCGCAAGCCCCAAGCGAGUGACUCCAGCUAUGGCCAGACAUGGUGCUGAGCAGCCAAGCAGUGGACCUCUCCAGAGACUUUCACUCUGCCCCCAGGAAGACCGACCAUCUAACCUGAUGCCCCCCAAGCCUCCCAGGACAUGGGGGCUGCAGAUCCAAGGUUCUUCUGUGCUGGAGUCCAAGGUGAAGGCCUUGAAGGAGAAAAUGACAGCAGAAAAACAGGGGACAAAUCCCCGUCCCACUUCCUGUGAGCAUCCAUCCACCACAAAAUCCAAAUGCCACCACGUCAAGCCUGGAGCGGUCUGGAGCCUACCAGAGGGCUCUACUCUACCAGAUGCCCUCGUGGUCCCCCAUGCUCAGAACCCUAAUGAUGGACAUCUGGCCAGCCAUGUUAAUGAGCAGAAACCUGCCAGGAACAGUGGAUCCAAGCCAUCUACUCCUGACAGCUGGAGUGAGCAAAGCCGGUGGACUCCAGAAGCAGUGUGGAUGCUGGCCGAUCAUGAGGAGGACCCAGGACCAGGGGCUGGCUCUUUACAAGAAAGUCCCAACAACCAGGUUUCUGCGGGAGAGCCACAGGGGCCUGCCUGCAAAACCACCCACUUGAGCAACCUGAAGAAGGGAAGGCCGUACCCGCUUGGAGAUGGUCUGGUCACAAAGGGAGAUCUGGGCAGCACAGCCCUAACCUCCAAGGAGGAUUUAGUUCCCAGGACAGACCAGCCAGAGAUGUUCUGGAGAGCUGGCAGCCUGGAGGCUCUGGGCUCUGCUGCAAAUGCUUUGUCCCUGUCUGAUCGGGUAGAGAGGAACCGCCUCCUGCUGCAGGAGAUGCUGAAGGUUUGCAGACAGAGACCUCCCACAACAGGGAGCCCAGAACGGACUCGAUCCUGGGACAAGGAUGCAUCAGAGCGACCAGCGGGAGACGUGGACUGGGACUCGGGCAACCCCCAGCAGGACUCAGGUCAGAGCAGGACCUUUGUUCCCAAGCUGGAGCCUGUGCUGAGUGCCAAGCAUGAGGAAGCCAAGCAUCUACUCGGCCGUGCCCGCAUGAAGGCCAAGACCCAACCUCUCCGAGCCAGCCAUGAUAUUGUGCCCACCAUUGCUCAGGGCAGCCGAAAUGGCCAGAGAAGCCCAGCCCCGGAUGUGAGGACCACCUCUGCCUCCAGAGAAAGCCUCCAGAAUGGGAACUUGAAUGACUCCUCCAGCGUAGAGUCCAGCAAUGGGCAGUGGCCCAAACAAGGAAUGCCCCUGUCUCAUGUCCGUUUUGAAGAUGAGUCUGCCCGCGAGGCUGAGUUCCGGUACCUGGACCGGCUUCAGCAGCGCCAGCGUCAAGUGUUAAGCGCAGUGCUACACGCUGUGGACCAAGGACCUCUACGCUCCAAACCGGACCUGACCAACUACGUCAACCGCAGCGUGGGAAAUGGCUCAUUUCACAGGGCUGUGGGCUGCCUGGACCACAGUAACGUCCCUGCACCACCACCUACAUGGGACAAUGAGAGGAAGUGUCCAGCCUGUGGCAGCUGCCUCAAGGACCAUUGCCCUGCUGAGGGGAGAGCAGCCUCUGACCUGAGGGUCCUCCGGAGUCUCCAGGCUGCCUAUGAGGCCGAGGCAGUACUGCUGGGUCCCUGUAAUUCUCAUGGCUUGAGCUCCCCAUUCCCAGGGCUCCACACAGAAUGGAUCCGGGAAACACACAUCACAGACACUGUUGCCACACACCCUGAGGAGGAGGACUCUGCCCCGGACAGCACCCACAGUUCAGACAGACAGACAGACAAUAAGGAUGCCAAGACCUCUCAGCCCAGCAGGGCAGGUGAGCAGAUCCAUGCCAGCAGCCCACGGGUGUGGCAGCAUGGGUCUAGGCCCCAGGGAGGUCCCAGGUGGUCCAGAAAGGAGACGGUGCUGCCCUGUGGACUUCAGGCCUGGUCUCACCUGCCCGAGCUUGAUGUGGUUGUAGGGGAGGUACCAGAAGCCAGGGGACCCAUACCUCAGGGGACUUUGUUUCUAAAGGAAGAUGCUGUGCCUAAAGCUGCCUUGGAACCUAAGAGGCCUUGGUCCCAGGGGCAGCUUGGACUACAGUUAGGAAGUCACUGGGCCCACCCUGAGGACUGCAGGACUCCAUGCAGGACAGCUGAUGCUGUGCCGUUUUCCAAGAAGCAUGGGUCCUCAGGAUCAGGCCAACCAGAUCAAGUUCCUGAAAGCCAUGAGCCUCUGGAAACUCUCUGCACUUCACCCCACCAACAGAGCCAUGAAGAGCCCUCUGCACCCCUCCCAGCCUUGCAGCCAACUUUGCCCCUCCCCCCUGAUGUGCCAACCCCUCCUUCUUCAAGGAAAUCCCUCUGCCCCUUGCCUCCAAGGAGGUCAGUCCAGACUGGAAAUCACAGGCAGGAACACCACGUGGAUAGCCCCCUGCCUCUGUCCCCUCCAAGAACUGUGAUUCUCACCCCACCCCAAACCCAACCCUACAGCCCCCAGGUCAAGCAUCCACUGCUGGACCUGUCCAACAACAGCUACAACAGCAGUGUCCCUCCAGGACUGCAGGGGCCCUCAGGAGCGGCUGUCCACAGGAGUAGAUCUGUCAAGGACCAAUGUUACCAGGAGCCUGGGCUGCCUCUGGAGAGCAGUGGAGAUGGAACACUCCAGGACUCUCUCCAAUCAGCAGAUGUCGCCACUGUCAACUCUACAGCCAUCACCCUCUCCCUCACCUCAGAGGAGCCUGAGCGCAGCCAGGAGCUGGGAGGAGGUCCACAGAGGAUGCACUGUAGCUCUGGAGGCCACAUGCCCAGUGGAGCCUCUCUUGAGGCCAGUGCAGGGCAUAAGCCACCCUCAGUUGCUCAUUCUGAAGGGAACAAGAAAAGGAGGGGUAGUAUUACCUCCACCCUGGGGCUUAAAAAGCUUCUCUCAGCCCUGGGCCACACGCCCCGGCCCAGACUUGGCACAUCGAGAAGCUUCAGUGUGGAGCAGCUGCAGCCCUCAGCACUGGCUCCACAGACCAGCACCUCCACGGUGAAAAGAGCCCCAUCAUUACAGCAUCUGGUGUCACCCUCCCAUCAGCAUCGGAAAGCAACUUCCUUCCAGAACCUCCAUUCUCUGCUAGGUGGCAAGGGAGACCGGUCCAGCCUUUACCUGGUAGAUGGGUCAGGGGACGGCAGUGCACCCAGCAGGCCAGCCAAGGCCUUCCCCCGUCGUGCCCUCAGUGUAGAAGAUGUGGGUGCCCCCAGCCUGGCUCGUGCUGUGGGCAGAGUGGUGGAGGUGUUCCCAGAUGGCACAAGCCAGCUGCAGCUGCAGCGACCCCCAGAGGGCACCUUUGGUUUCUGUGUGGCCUAUGGCAGUGGCCGGCGAGACUCAGGGCUCUAUGUGCAGGACAUGGCUGACCUGGAUACGGCCAAGCUGUACUCGGGGCUCCUUGGGGUAGGGGAUGAGAUCCUGGAGAUGAACGGGGCCAAGGUUGCUGGGCUGGGCUUGGCUCACGUCAACGAGCUGCUGGCGCGUGUGGAGAGCUUGUCAAUUCGUGUCUUGAGACAACGGCCUGUCCCCCAGUGACCCAGAAGUACUGCUGCUCUUGCUGAUGCUCCUUCAGGACCCCUGACCCACACACACAGUAGGAGGGGCCACCCAGAGAUACCAUGAAUGUAAAAUGCAUUCACAGAUCAGCCUCUGUCUGGGUGUGGCAGAAGCUGUUCUCAUGGGCCACCUGUAGGAAGAGGUACCUGUGCCCAUUCAGGAUACUAAUUUAUACAGGUCUGGGGACAGGGAAUACUGGUUUCUUCCUUCACAGAAGUGGCCAUGUUCCUUUGUUGGAGUGAGAGAGGACAGCAACUGACUAAUCCUUGAGUUGGCCCUUGAAAGCUGGCCCUUGAGAGCCAGCUUCAGCUUUUGGCCACACUCGCUGAGAAGGCUCCCCAGCCCCCAGCACACCAGACGCAGCGUGGCCACAUUGGCUUUGCGCCCCAUCUCUUUCAGCCGUGGCUUGCUUGGUUCCCAUGUGACACUUUGCUUCUGAUCCAGAAAGGGCUCAGUGUCUUGGCACAGCCUGACAGCCAGGAGCACACAUUCCUAACUGUGUGUUCUGUGAAGUAUGGCCUGUCAGGAGCUCUGUGCCCCUUCUGGGUAUGCGAACUUCUGAGAGAUUCUGGGAGCCAGAGUAUUAAGAAUUACUAGGAAUUUUUACGACCAACACAAAGUUGAAAAAUGAAACUAUUGCCAUUUGCAGCAAGUAUGGCCAUGGUACGAAGGAUGUGGGGGGUCAGCCCAGCCCACUCUUUGCCUCCACCCCUGCCUAGUUGUGGCCUGGCCUGGGCGGGCCUUGGUCUUUGUUCUCUUGUCCAGCUUGGAGACAGGGCUGCAGCUGGUGUCUGGCUGUCCCCCAGCUGCAGGGUUUCCAUCCAGACCUCCCUGGUGGCAGCUGUGGGUGGGCAGCAGGUAGGGAGGCUGUAAGCAGGGGGUGGCCAUCCCACCUAGGCAUAGGGCGGCCUGCUCAGCUCAGACGCUGCUCAAGGGUUCAGGACUCUAGAUGCCUGGACAGGUGUCCGUCUUAAAUUAUUAAAAAGCCAAAGCUGCUUCCACUGGA